CGUCUGGGGGCUUUCGUAUGAAUGACUGAGGCGCGUAAGCAGCACGGCACCUGUAGUUCAUGGCGUGGAGUGUUUAUAGCUGAAUAGUUUCGUUAUUUACAUUUCAUUGGGUCGAUAAUAUUGUUCCCUGAUGGAGGAGUUGGACGUUGAGCCGGCCAUCACCAAUAUUCCUGCAGCCAGUGAUGGGAAGCACUUGGGAUUUGCCUGGGGUCCAGGUGAUAUCCUUGUGUACGAGACCCUUUACAAAGCAUCACCAGGUGCCAAAGGAUCAGGCUGCUCCUUCGUCCAUGAGGUCAGGAAAGAUGAGGACAUAUAUUCCCCCAUUUUACGGAAACUCUUCAAUGAGUCACAUCACAUCUUUGUUGGCCUGCAGACAAUUAAAGAAGACCUCCCUAGCAAGAACAAAAAACCCCAAUUUGUGAGCAUCAGUAAAAACUAUAGAUCUGUGAUACGAGCCUGUAUGGAGGAGCUUCAGCAAGUUGCAGUUUCCACAAAAGAUGCAAAAAUGGCCAUGCAAUAUGGAAAUCAGGUGUCCAUUCUGUUGGCCAUAGAGCUGAUCUGGAAUCUGGCUGAAGUGCUGUUCAUUGAUUCUGCUCCAGCUGGUUCCCUGUUGCUCCACCUACUCGACUGGGUAAGGUUACACAAGGCUGAUGUGGAUGAAAAGGCCAGAGAAGUGCUGCAGAGUGAGAGCCCUGCUGAGCACAAAGACUACUGGGAUGUGGUGCUGAGUUACGUGAUGCAGGGCAGGUUGGAAGAAUCCAGACAGAUGUUAGUGAAGCAGGCCACCCUACACCCUGCCCCCAGGAACAUGUACAAGCUGAUGGACACUCUGCUCAGCAAGAUGCCCUUCUACAAUCCUGGAGGCAACCAGACGCUGACAGAGUAUGAUGUGAAGUGGAGGCACUGGCAUGAGGAGGUGGACCGCUGCCUGCAGGACAAUUCAUUCGCCAGCAACAAACAUCUGGAGAUCAUCUGCAAGAUCCUAGUUGGGGAUGAAGACACAUUGCUGGAGCACAAGGAGCUCCUGGGCACCUGGUAUCACUUCCUGGUCACGAGACUACUCUUCAGCCACCCUACAGUCCAACCCACAGAGUUGCACUACUAUGCACAGUCCUGCAUGACGAUGUUUCUGGACUCGAGGAGCGUCCCUGAACCCCUGGACAACAUUUUACUGGCUGCGUUUGAGUUUGACAUCCACCAAGUCAUCAAGGAGUGCAGCAUUGCUCUCAACAACUGGUGGUUUGUGGCCCAUUUGACAGAUCUGUUGGAUCAUUGCCAUCUCCUCCAGUCUCACAAUCUGCAUUUUGGAUCCAACUUGCGAGAGUUUCUCCUGCUAGAAUAUGCUUCUGGUCUCUUCACUCAUCACAGUCUUUGGCAGUUGGCCGUGGAUUACUUUGACCACUGCCCAGAUUUAGGCCGGGUGUACCUGGAGCUGCAGAUUGAGCGUGUUCCUUUAAACACGGAGCGCAAAGCCCUCAAGGUGCUCAGGAUCUGCGAGCAGAGGCAAAUGUCAGAGCAAGUGCGGAGCAUCUGUAAGAUCAUGGCUAUGCGAGCCCUGAAGAACAACAGGCUGGGCUCAGCUCUCUCCUGGAGCAUCAGGGCCAAAGAUGCUGCCUUCGCCACCCUCAUCUCAGAGAGGUUUCUACAGGAUUAUUGCGCCAGAGGGACAUUCUCUGAUCUGGAUCUGAUCGACAACUUGGGUCCAGCAAUGCUGCUCAGCGACCGGCUCACUUUCCUUGGGAAGUACCGUGAGUUCCACCGGCUGUACGGAGAGAAGCGCUUCGGCGAGGCGGCCAAGCUGCUCCUCUCCCUGAUGACGGCCAAGAUCGCCCCCCGCAGCUUCUGGAUGACCCUGCUGACCGACGCCCUGCCGCUGCUGGAGCAGAAAGAGGUGAUCUUCUCGGCCGGCCAGACCUACGAGCUGAUGUUCUGUCUGGAGGAGCUCACCUCCUCUCUGAGCUCCGUGGCUCCCGCCACAGACGGGACUAUGCAGGAUGAAGACAUCGAGCAGACCAAGGUGGAGCUCCUGAGACUCGCUCUGGCCAGGAACCUGGCCAUGGCUAUAGUCAAAGAGGGAACUGUGUCAACAUGAAUGAUGCCAUUUAAAAACAACUCUUAUUAUUCAUUUUUGUAUUGUAUAUAAAGUUUGAGUUAUCAACAUGUGCUCUUUGAUAAUAAAACCGUUUCAUGAUGUA